UCCAAAAACAAGCAUCCUCCCCUGGAAGAGGACUAGCAGAGCUCCCAUCACCCCACACAUCUGUUUCCAGGUCCUGACCUCCCAAAGCAGAGGCAGCCACCUCGCAAGUCCCAUGUCUAGAAAGGAGAGAGCACAUCAACAGAAGCCUGAGACUGUCUCCAGGGGCCCCACAGACCACUACUCCCCUCCCAUCACCUGCCCUCUAGCCACUCUGUCCUAUUCCUGGGAGCUGUCAGGGAUGGAAGGCCCCUCCCUCAUCCCCCUCAAAGUUCCUCCCCCCUGCUCCAUCACUAGGGUGUCCAGGAGGACAUUGUGUGACUCAGGAAACAGCUCAGACAUGAGACUUGCAGGCAGGCCAGGAGGAGGAAGAGGGCCUGUGGGAGCAGAGGAGGCGGCUCCUGACUUAGUGAGGGCUCUGUGGGGUCGGGCUCUGGAAUGCAGCCCCCUUCACUGCUGCUACUGCUGCUGCUGCUGCUGCUGCUGCUGCUGCUGCCCUGCUCUGUGGUGAAGACCAGAGGGCUGCCUUGCAGGAGUUUCUCAGAACCCUGUGCCAAUGGAGGAAGCUGCCUGAGCCUACCUCAGGGCCGAAACAUCUGCCAGUGUGCUCCCGGCUUCCUGGGUGAGACAUGCCAGUUUCCUGACCCCUGCCGGGAUGCCCAGCUCUGCCAGAAUGGGGGCAGCUGCCAAGCCCUGCUUCCGGCCCUCCCAGGCUCCCCCAGCACGCCCUCUCCUGUGACCACCAGCUUCCUCUGCAUCUGCCCCUCUGGCUUCACUGGAGAGAGGUGCCAGGCCCAGCUCAAGGACCCCUGUUCUUCCUUCUGUUCCAAAAUGGGCCACUGCCACAUCCAGGCGUCAGGACUCCCACAAUGCUCCUGCUUGCCUGGAUGGACAGGUGAGCAGUGCCAGCUUCGGGACUUCUGCUCUGCCAACCCCUGCAUGAACGGAGGGGUGUGUCUGACCACCUACCCCCAGAUCCAGUGCCACUGCCCACCUGGCUUCGAGGGCCACGCCUGCGAACAUGAUGUCAACGAGUGUUUUCAGGACCCAGGACCCUGCCCCAAGGGCACCACCUGCCAUAACACCCUGGGGUCCUUCCAAUGUCUCUGCCCCACUGGGCAGGAAGAUCUACGCUGUGACCUGUGGCCAGGACCCUGUCCCCCAACAGGCUGUCCCAAUGGGGGCACCUGCCAGCUGGUUCCAGGGAGAGACUCCACCUUCCAUCUCUGCCUCUGCCCCCCAGGUCUCACAGGCCCGGGCUGUGAGGUGAAUCCAGAUGACUGUGUCAGGCACCAGUGUCAGAACGGGGGCACCUGCCAGGAUGGGAUGGGCACCUACACCUGCCUCUGCUCAGAGGCCUGGACUGGCUGGGACUGCUCGGAAGAUGUGGAUGAAUGUGAGCCCCAGCAUCCCCCUCGCUGCAGAAACGGGGGUACCUGCCAGAACUCGGCUGGUGGCUUCCACUGUGUUUGUGUAAGUGGCUGGGGAGGCACAGGCUGCAAGGAGAACCUGGAUGACUGUGCUGCUGCCACCUGUGCCCCAGGAUCCACCUGCAUUGACCACGUGGGCUCCUUCUCCUGCCUCUGCCCACCUGGCCGCACAGGCCUCCUGUGUCACAUGGAGGACAUGUGCCUGAGCCAGCCAUGCCACAAGGAAGCCCAGUGCAGCACCAACCCCCUGACAGGCGCCACACUCUGCCUGUGUCAGCCUGGCUACGCAGGGCCCACCUGCCACCAGGACCUGGAUGAGUGCCAGAUGGCCUCACAAGGCUCUGGACCCUGUGAACACGGCGGCUCCUGCCUCAACACCCCCGGCUCCUUCGACUGCCUCUGUUCCCCUGGCUACACGGGCUCCCGCUGCGAGGCCAAUCACAAUGAGUGCCUGUCCCAGCCCUGCCACCCAGGCAGCACCUGCCUGGACCUGCUUGCCACCUUCCACUGCCUCUGCCCACCAGGCAUAGAAGGGCAGUUCUGUGAGAUGGAGACAGAUGAGUGUGCCUCGGCCCCUUGCUUGAACCAGGCAGACUGCCUCGACCAGCUCAAUGGCUUCCAGUGCGCCUGCCUGCCCGGAUUCACAGGCCCCCGAUGUGAGGAGGAUGUCAACGAGUGUGGCAGCUCUCCCUGUGCCAAUGGCGGGCAGUGCCAGGACCGGCCUGGGUCCUUCCAUUGCGAGUGUCUUCCAGGCUUUGAAGGCCCACGCUGUCAGGAGGAGGUAGACGAGUGUUUGAGUGGCCCAUGCCCCACAGGCGCCAGCUGCCUUGAUCUCCCAGGAGCCUUCUUUUGCCUCUGCCCCUCUGGCUUCACAGGUCAGCUCUGUGAGGUUCCCCUGUGUGCCCCCAACCUCUGCCAGCCCAAACAAAAAUGCCAGCAUCAGGACAAGCUCCACUGCCUCUGCCCCAGUGGAAGCCCUGGCUGUGCCCCUGCUGAGGACAACUGCACCUGCCAGCAUGGGCACUGCCAGAGAUCCUCGUGUGUGUGUGACGUGGGUUGGACAGGACCAGAGUGUGAGGCGGCACUGGGAGGCUGCAUCUCCAUGCCCUGCGCCCGUGGGGGAACCUGCCACCCCCAGCCCUCUGGCUACAACUGCACAUGCCCCACAGGCUACACAGGGCCCACCUGCACUGAAGAGGUGACAGCCUGUCACUCAGGACCCUGUCUCAAUGGUGGCUCCUGCAGCCCCAGCCCUGGGGGCUACUCCUGCACCUGCCCUCCAAACCACACUGGGCCCCACUGCCAGACCAACACCGACCACUGUGCCUCCAUGCCAUGCCUCAAUGGCGGUACCUGUGUGAAAAGGCUUGGCACUUCCUCCUGUUUCUGUGCCACUGGCUUCCAGGGCCCACGCUGUGAGGAAAGGAUCCAUCCCAGCUGUGCAGACAGCCCCUGUAGAAACUGGGCUACCUGCCAAGAUGGGCCCCAGGGUCCCCGCUGCCUCUGCCCUGCUGGCUACACAGGAAGCAGCUGUCAGACUCCGAUAGACAUAUGUGCCCAGAAGCCCUGUCCACACAACUCCCACUGCCUCCAGACUGGGCCCUCCUUCCAGUGCCUGUGCCUCCAGGGAUGGACCGGGCCUCUCUGUGAAGUCCCGCUGUCCUCCUGUCAGAAGGCUGCCCUGAGCCAAGGCACUGAAGUCUCUUUCCUGUGCCAGAAUGGAGGCCUCUGCAUUAACAGUGGCCCCUCCUACUUCUGUCGCUGUCCCACUGGAUUCCAAGGCAAUGUGUGCCAGGACAGGGUGAACCCAUGCCAGUCCAGGCCCUGCCAACAUGGGGCCACCUGUGUGGCCCAGCCCAAUGGGUAUCUGUGCCAGUGUGCCCCAGGCUACAGUGGACAGAACUGUUCAAAGGAACCCGAUGCUUGUCAAUCCCAGCCCUGUCACAACCGUGGGACCUGCACCCCAAAACCUGGAGGCUUCCACUGUGCCUGCCCUCCAGGCUUUGUGGGUCUGCACUGCGAGGGGUUUGUGAGUGAGUGUCUGGACCAGCGCUGCCACCCCAAAGGCACUGCAGCCUGCCACUCUCUAGCCAAUGCCUUCUACUGCCAGUGUCUGCCUGGACACACAGGCCCAUGGUGUGAAGUGGAGAUAGACCCCUGCCAGAGCCAGCCCUGCUCCCAUGGAGGGUCUUGUGAGGCCACAGCAGGACCACCCCCAGGUUUCACCUGCCACUGCCACAAGGGUUUUGAAGGCCCCACCUGCAGCCACAGAGCCCCCUCCUGUGGCCUCCACCACUGCCACCACGGUGGCCUGUGCCUGCCCUCCCCCAGGUCUGGCACCCCACCCCGCUGUGCCUGCCUCAAUGGCUACAGGGGCCCUGACUGCCUGGCCCCACCUGCUCCAGGCUGCGGCCCUCCUUCUCCUUGCUUCCACAAUGGCAGCUGCUCAGAGACCUCCAAGCUGGGGGGCCCAAGCUUUCGAUGCUCCUGCCCUCCCAGCUCCCUAGGGCCCCGGUGUCAGAGCCCCAGAGCAAAAGGGUGUGAAGGCAGAGGUGGAGAUGGAGCCUGUGACACUGGCUGCAGUGGCCCAGAAGGAAACUGGGAUGGAGGGGACUGUUCCCUGGGGGUCCUGGACCCCUGGAAGGGCUGCCCUUCCCACUCCCGCUGCUGGCUUCUCUUCCGGGAUGGGCAGUGCCACCCACAGUGUGACUCUGAAGAAUGUUUGUUUGAUGGCUAUGACUGUCAGACUCCUCCAGCCUGCACUCCAGCCUAUGACCACUUCUGCCAUGAUCACUUCCACAAUGGGCACUGCGAGAAAGGCUGCAACACUCCAGAAUGUGGCUGGGAUGGGGGAGACUGCAGGCCCCCCGAAGAAGAUGGGAAUUCCAAGUGGGGGCCCACCCUGGCCCUGCUGGUGGUGCUGAGCCCCCCAGCCCUGGACCAGCAGCUGCUUUCCCUGGCCCGGGUACUGUCCCUGACUCUGAGGGUGGGGCUCUGGGUAAGGAAGGAUAGUGACGGCAGGGACAUGGUGUACCCCUAUCCUGGGGCCCAGGCCGAACAGGAGCUAGGAGGAAUCCCAGACCCCUCUCAUCAGGAGACAGGAACUGCUCGAGCACAGCCUGUGGGCAAGGAGACAGACUCCCUCAGUGCAGGGUUUGUGGUGGUGAUGGGUGUGGAUUUGUCUCACUGUGGCCCUGACCACCCUGCAUCCCGCUGUCCCUGGGACCCUGGGCUCCUGCUCCGCUUCCUUGCUGCCAUGGCUGCAGUGGAGGCCCUGGAGCCCCUACUCCCAGGACCACUGCUGGCUGCCCACCCUCGUGCAGGCACUGUGCCCCCUGCCAACCAGCUUCCCUGGCCUGUGCUGUGCUCACUGGGGGCUGGGGUGUUUCUCCUGGCCCUCGGGGCUCUUCUGGUCCUCCAGCUCAUCCGGCGGCAGCGGCGGCAGCACCGAGAGCAUGGGGCCCUCUGGCUGCCCCCUGGGUUCACUCAAAGGCCUCGGACUCAGACAGCUCCCCACCAACGCCGGCCCCCACUGGGCGAGGACAGCAUCAGCCUCAAGUCACUGAAACUAGAGGCAGAAGCUGAUGAGGACAGAGUUGUGGAGCGCUCAGUCCCUGAGAAAGAAGAGGAGGCUGAAGAAAAGGCCUCACCCCCCAAGUGCCAGCUCUGGUCUCUGAGUGGUGACUGUCAGGAGCUCCCCGAGGCAGCCAUGCUGACUUCUCCCCAGAAAUCUGAGAUGGACAUACCUGAUGUGGAUACCCAUGGACCUGAUGGGGUGACACCCCUGAUGUCAGCAAUCUACUCUGGGGGAGUACAGUCCAGGACCUUCCAGGGGGCAUGGCAAGAAAGCUCUGAGUCCUGGGCUCCUCUGUUAGAUGGGGGGAACUGUCCCCAGGCUCAUACUGUGGGGACUGGGGAGACCCCUCUGCACCUGGCUGCCCGAUUUUCCCAGCCAACUGCUGUCUGCCGCCUCCUUGAGACUGGAGCCGACCCCAACCAGCCAGACAGAGCAGGGCGCACCCCCCUUCACACUGCUGUGGCUGCUGAUGCGAGGGAAGUCUGCCAGCUUCUACUCCGCAGCAGACAGACCACAGUGGAUGCCAGGACAGAGGAUGGAACCACGGCGCUGAUGCUGGCUGCCAGGCUGGCAGUGGAGGACCUGGUCGAAGAACUGAUUGCAGCCCAAGCAGAUGUAGGAGCCAGAGAUAAAUGGGGAAAAACCGCUCUGCACUGGGCAGCCGCCGUGAACAACGCCCGAGCCGCCCGCUCCCUUCUCCAAGCCGGAGCCGAUAAAGACGCCCAGGACCGCAGGGAGCAGACGCCACUGUUUCUGGCGGCGCGAGAAGGGGCGGUGGAGGUAGUCCAGCUGCUGCUAGGGCUGGGGGCAGCCAGAGAACUGCGGGAUCAGACUGGACUAACGCCCGCGGACAUCGCCCGCCAGCGCAACCACUGGGAUCUGCUGACAUUGCUUCAAGGGGCGGGGCCACCGCGGAUGCGUCACAAGGCCACGCCUAGCCGCCGGGGGAGAGCCUUCGCGCGUGCGCGGACCGCGUUGGGAAGUCUGCCGCCAAGCGGGGACAGGGCUCUGCUGCGCAGCUGGACGCUGUCAGCCGGAGCAGUCCCGCGCGGGCGCGGAGCAAGUCUGCAAAACCCGACUUUGUCGGUAGACUUGGCCGCGCAUGGGGGCGGGGUCUAUUCGCAAUGCCAAAGCCAAUCGAAAGGAGAAUCGGGAGAAGGUCCGCCCUGUGGCGGGAGGUUUUCCGCAGGCCUGCGUGGGCCGCGGCCCAACCCUGCUGUAGUGCACGGAAGAUCCCGGAGCGAGGGUGUGGCCUCAGCUGACUGGCCCUGCGACUGGGUGGCCCUAGGAGCCUGUGGUCCCUCUUCCAACACUCCGAUUCCGCCUUCUUGCCUCACUCUGUCCCGAGAUAGGGGAUCUCGAGUUGCCAGAGGUUCCCCCAUCCUACCGAGUAAUAACCUUAAAUGCAGUAAGCGAAGGUCAAAAGUAGAAGGCUAAUAGAACUUUCAUUCUAAAAGUGAGUACCCAGUGACCAUCUGGAAGUUCUCCAGAUUUUAAAGUUCUCUAAGCCCCGAAAGUAGAUGGUUGGGAAUAUAGCGUCCCUCCCAAAAUGAGUGUAUGCCCACUCACAACCGUCAUCUUCCACGUGGAGAAGAUGAAGCCCCACAAAGGGUUCCAGGUGCUGAGAUGAAGUAGGCCCAGUCCCUCCCCCAGAAAGUAAGAGUGAGGGGCUACAGGAGGGUAGGGUGGAGUGGGCCAUGUACCCUGAACUGGAACCAAGAGCUACAGAUAAAUAAGAUGUAAAUGUUCUUUCCUAUCUGUCUUUGGUUCCCAAAGGCAGCCUUUAGAUCACUCCCACUACCUACAAACAGCUGACAAAUAUUUAUUACGUGCCUGCUGUGUGUCAGGCAUUGCAGGUGCUGGGUGGGGGGGAGUGUCAAGGGCCACUCCAGCUGAAGAAUCCUUGCAUUCUCACUACCAUUCAACAAAUCACUGCAGGGAUGAAGCACCACUCUUCUAGCCACUGCUGUCUCUAUUUAAGAACCCCAAAUCUGCCACAAGAUAACACUCAUGUAGUGUUACCCACUUGUUAAGGGUUGGGGAGUGCAAUGGAAAAAAUACUUUGGGGAGUGACUGCAUAGCCUUUUCAGAAUUUUGUUUUCCAAGUUCUAUUUAGAUGGAGACUUUCAGUCUAGUUUAAGAACAAGAAUAAGAUUUGAAGGUCCUAUGUUAAUUUAGGGUAUCUGAAAGCAAGAGUCUAUAGUAGUCCAAGGAGAAGCCACACAGUAGACGCUUUUUCUUCCAACAGCAUUUAGUUAUAGCCACUUAGGAGACUCCCACGGGCCCAAGUUAGCUAGAGGAAGUUAGAACAUUUCAAACAACCCACAUUUCAGCAAUGUAGCUACACCUCUUUCAUGGUGGUGAUGAACCUGAGACAUGAAGGCUUGAAGCAUUUUGAAAUCUAAUAUUGUACAAGCAUACCUCACUUUUAUUGUGCUUCACUUUGCUGUGCUUCACAGAUGUUUCAUUAACAUUGAAAUCAUAUUAAAGUCAUUGAAAACAAAGACCUAGCAACAAAAAGAUUGUGACUCACUGAAGGUUCAAGUGAUGGUUAGCAUUUCUUAGCAAUAAAGUAUUUUU